AUGGCCAUCACAGGGGUGGAAGAAGAACAUGGCGAUUCGCGUCUUACCGAACUCGCCAAAGCGGACACGAUAAAGUGGUAUCAAAAGCCAAACCUUCGUUUGCUCUACCUGAUCCUCAUCCCUUGCGGGUUGGGAGUAGAAUGGACGUCAGGGUUCGACUCGUCCAUGAUGAACAGUCUUCAAGCUGUUAAGUCCUGGGUAGACUACUUCGACAACCCAACCAAAGGUCGACUAGGCCUGCUCAACGCGAUGUACUCCCUUGGCUCGCUCUGCGCCAUCCCCUUCAUCCCCACCAUCAGCCACUAUCUCGGCCGCCGUCGCACGAUUCUCCUCGCUUCAGUCAUCAUGUGCAUGGGAGCCGGUCUCCAGGCUGGCGCCCGCAACUCUGAUAUGUUUCUUGCCUCACGCUGGGUCCUAGGCUUUGGCAUUCCCUUCGCUAUUGUCAACGCCUCCUCCUUAAUAGGCGAACUAUCCUACGCCAACGAACGGCCGAUCAUGACCUCACUCUUCAACGCUUCCUGGUUCGUCGGCGCCAUCGUCGCGGCCGGCACUACCUACGGCACCUUCCAGAUGAAGAGUACCUGGGCCUGGCGACUCCCGAGCCUGUUACAGCUCGUGCCAAGUUUCUUCCAAAUCGCAUUCAUGCCCUUCUGUCCCGAAUCCCCCCGGUGGCUGAUCUCCAAAGACCGCGGCGACGAGGCGUUCGCUAUCCUGAACAAAUACCACAACGAGGGUAUCGGCGGUGAGGAGUUCGUCCGGCUCGAGUAUGCGCAAAUCCAAAGCACCAUCGCCCAGGAAAAAGAACUAGCCAGCCGCUUUGUCUGGGCAGACGUGAUUCGUGACGCGCCCAUGCGGAAGCGGUUCACCAUUGCGGCCGUCAUGGGCUUCUUCACGCAGUGGAGUGGUAACGGGCUGCUGAGUUUCUACAUGAAGAAGAUCUUGGCGUUGGUUAAUAUUACGGAUGAUCACACGGUUCAGAAAAUUAUUUUGAGUAAUACCUGCUGGGGAUUGAUUAAUGCGGUGCCCAUCGCUCUGAUUGCACCGAGGUUUCCACGCCGAAAAAUGUUUCUGCUUUGCACCAUUGGUACGGCGGUCGUUUAUGUCGUUUGGAUUAUUGCCAGCGCUAGAUCGACUAUUGAAAAGUCUUCGAGGGCGGCGAUUCCGGUUUUGGUGUUUAUUUACGUUUAUUCGCCUUUCUACAACAUAGGCUGGAACGCCCUCGCCUACACCUACCUAAUCGAGCUCUUCCCCUUCCAGCAGCGCUCCCAGGGAAUCGCCGUCGAGCAGCUCAGCGUGCGCGCCGCCGUGUUCUUCAACACGUACGUCAACCCGAUUGCGCUCGACAGCGUCGGGUGGAAGUACUACAUUGUGUAUUGCGUGUGGAUCCUAGUGGAGAUCCUGACGGUGUAUUUCUUUUUCCCGGAGACGCAUAACCGCACGCUGGAAGAGCUGAGUUUUAUGUUUGAGGGGAAGGAAGUGAGGGACAAGGUGCAGAAGAAUGUUGAUAAGGUUUUGCAGUUGGAGUUGGAGGAGAUGGCUUCGCCUACUGUGACGAGGGAAGAGAGGGUGGAACUGGAGUCUGGAAGGAAGGGGAGGUAG